AUGGCUGCUCCGAGUGAUAUUACGAUCGAAAAUCUUACUGGAACAUGGAUGCUGGACAAAAGUCUAUCGACCGAUUCUGAUCCACUUCUCGCUCUGCAAGGGGUGAAUUGGGUCGUGCGAAAGGCCAUCGGGAUGACUGAAGUCACCAUGAAGAUGAAACAAUUCGAAGGCUCCAGUCCUGGCACCAGCAAUGCGGCUACUCAAAUUGCUAUAAACCAGUCAACCAACGCUAACUUGGGCGGGAGCUUUGAGAACCGCUAUCUGGACUGGCAGGAGUAUCCUCAGGAUGAUCACAUUUUUGGAAAAACGGUAGUUCAAUCUCGAUUUAUCGGCAAUUCCAGCCAGGCGGCAAGGCCAGUUCCGUGUGCGGAAACACGGACGGCAAUUAAUGACCCAGAGGUUGUUAAAUUUCUGCGAGCAGAAGCUGAUGAGAACUGCACGCCUUGCAGUGGCUUUAUUGUUGAUAAAGCCGAAGCAACUGAGCCUCUUGAAGGCGGUAAAGACGGCCUCUGGAUCCACGUGGUGAUCCGUAGUCAGGAACCUAGGCAAGUCAUACCGAGCUUCGCUGCCAAAGUUAUAUCAACUGUAUACGAGAUCCUUGAUUCUAACUGUCAUGAAAAGGUCUGGGGCUUUGAAAUUAUUGACGGGGAGCGUCGGUAUGUUCGUCGGACGUUGAUGUCAGACAUCAAGGGCAAUUACCGCAUGGGACGACUGGUAUACCGUUUUGUGGGCCGAAAGUGCGAUUGA